AUGAAGCAGAAGAAGAUCCGGCUACGCAUCCACAAGAUCAACGCUAAUGGGUGUGAACUCACGGAUGACAAGGCCAUCAAACAAUCGGCGGUUGAGUUCUUUCAGAACCUCCUAGCCCUGAGCUAUCCGGAACUUGCGGAUCCGGACCUAAGCCUCCUACAACGCCUCCCCCCCUCGGAGCUUUUGAUGGACCUCCCGAAGCCUCCGGAUGCGGAUGAGGUGAAACGAGCGGUAUUCGACAUCUCGACCAAUAGUGCUCCGGGCCCGGACGGAUUCUCGGCAUUAUUCUUCCAAGCUUGUUGGGGCAUUGUGGGUCCAGAUGUGGUGGAUGCGGUUAGGCAACUUUUUGGUGGGACCUUCCUCCCUCGAAGCUUCACGGCCACGAGCUUCUUCAAAUCCACCCGUGGACUAUGGCAAGGGGAUCCCAUCUCCCCCGCCAUCUUCGUUCUAGCGGCGGACUAUCUCUCGAGACUACUUGAUAAACUCAUCCUUGGCAACAAAGAGAUGACAUUCAAAGCAACCCGGGGAAGUAUUGAGAUCAGCCACCUUGCCUAUGCGGAUGACAUCAUCAUCUUCACGCAAGCGGCCGUGAACCCCCUUCGGAGGCUUCGUGGCUGUCUGGAUCACUAUGCCGAGGUGUCUGGUCAGCAAAUCAACCUCGACAAGAGUAAUUUCUAUAUAGCCGACGCUAAUGAAGGCUGGACAAACACAAUACAAAGCGAAGGAGGUUUCUCACGAGGUUCAUCUCCCUUCCUUUACCUUGGAGUCCCUAUUUACCGGGGGGUGAAGCGCACGAGUAUGUUCUUGUUCCUCCGGGAGAAAAUCUCAGCUAGGAUCUCUGGGUGGGCCCAUCGUCACCUCUCCUUUGGGGGGAGACUCACUUUGAUUAAAAGCACACUAGAAGCGAUCCCCCUACACAUUCUUCAAGCUAUUGAGCCUACGGGUGGUGCCCUCAAGCAAUUGGAUCAGCAGAUCGCUCAGUUCUUUUGGGGGUCAACUAAUGAGAAGAAAAGGACACACUGGAUAAGUUGGGACCAGGGAAAAAACUCACUUUGGGCUACCUACAUGAUGGCCAAAUAUUGCCAUAAGGCUUCUCCACUCACAGCUAAAGCCAUGGGGAGGGGCAGCCCUACAUGGAAGAGGAUUUUGAAGGCCCGGGCCCAGGCUCAACCGCACAUUCGAUGGGUGGUGGGAGAAGGAAAGAUGCUAUUCUGGGACGACUUAUGGCUCGGAGAACUUCCCUUAAGAGAACUUAGCCUUGACGAUAGAGGAGGGCCUCUUGAGCGCGUGGCGGAUUAUAUUACUGAUGGUGCAUGGGAUGAGUCUAAGUUACCGAUCCUUCAAGCACAAGCUGGCCUAGCACAACAUAUCGUCCAGAGGAUUCACGAUACACCAAUCAUCUCGGACGGGCCGGAUGUGCCAAGAUGGAAGUUAUCACCUAAUGGAGAGUUCUCGCUAGCUACUACAUGGGAGACCUUGAGAAGCCAAAGGCCGAUUGUUCAGGGCCUGAAUGACAUUUGGAGAGCGGGCCUCACAUCAUCUAUUGCCAUCUUUAUAUGGCGACUACUCUCCAACCGCAUUCCGAUGGAUACAAAGCUACAAUGGAGACGAAUGGAAUUGGCGUCCAAAUGCCAAUGCUGCCCACAUAGACCAAGGAUCGAAUCUCUCCAACAUCUCUUCAUACAAGGGGACGAGGCUCGCGGGAUAUGGAGGGAAUUUGAUGCAUGGUUUGAGGGCUCUUCAUCACCUCUACGGAUCAAUGACACUAUACCGGAUCGGCUUGAAGUCUGGGCAAAGAGAGUUCGUCAAUCGGGUAGGAAACACUUAAGUCGGGCCUUGCCGUAUCUCAUAUUAUGGUUCAUUUGGGCAGAACGGAAUAGAAGUCGCCACCAGUCGGUACAAUUUAAGCCAUUUAAUGUAGUCUAG